AUGGAGGAUGUGGAGGAGGCUCACAUCUGCCCGCGGCGAGAACACAAUAGCUACGCCCCCUCGAGGCCCAACGUUUUACAUUGUUUUGGCGUGGACUUCCUCUCGAACAAAGAGGUUUUGGAAGUGUUUGCUGCCUGGCAGCCCAAGCAGGUGGAGUGGUUGGACGACUCCUCUUGCAAUCUGGUCUUCGAAGCUGAGGACUCUGUCCAGAAGGCCAAGCAAGAGCUAGCAGCGCCCGGCCAGAUCUCUGAAGAGAUUUGGGUGAAGACCAAGCCGAUAUCUGUCGGCAAACAGAAGGAUGCCAAGAAAGGAAAGGCGCGACGCGGAGGUCUCAAAGAAUUGUGCUUCCAGCUUCGAGUGGCUACGGAGGCGGAUCGCAAGGAUCCGGGCCACUCCGGACACACGGACUCCGUCUACUAUGCCCACGUGAAGGAGCAGCAGGCUCUGGAGAAGCAAGCCACGGAGCUGCGGCGCAUGAAGAAGCGCCAGAGGCAGAUGACACCAAGACGGAAGGACGCCGCAGAAAGACGGAGAUGUACAGAGACCGAUGCUUCUUCUUUCAACGAAAAAAAGAGGGAACUGACUACGGAUUGA